ACAUCAUUGACUCAAAUUAUUAUGCAACACUUCUAUGUACUUAUUUAAAAAGAAGCAAGCUGCCUCUACUACCUCUAAAGCUGAAGCUUCACUGGCAGGUUAAGUAGGUAGUGUUGCUGUUCCCAAGGAACAUAUUCGUGUUUACGGAAUCCCAUUCCUGCACCUAAUAUACGAUAAUUUUGAUGCGCUGAAAAUAAUCAAAAUCAAUGAAAAUGUCGGACUCAGCGUCGGAUGAAAAAACUGCUCAGAUGAAAACAAGAGCGUGGAAGGCUCAGAGCCACGUUUCUCUACCGUACCACACUAGGUGAUCUAUCGGCAGAUAGGUUGUAAGAGACACUCUCAGAUCUUGCGGCGGUCUUUCUCCUUCCUCGAAUACGCCUGGUGCCUCGAAACACGAAGGCCCUGAAGAUGUUUUGUACAACUACAGCGUUGCUGCUCCUUGCCUCGCUGUCCUGGCAUCAACAAGUCGUUGCGCGUCUUGUGUUGGAACAGAACAAGGAGGAAAAUCACAUCCAUCUCCGUGUACCCCAAGGAAGCAGGUUGGCCCGACUGCUUUCUGCCAUCGCGAAGAAACAACAAAAAGAGGAACAAGAAAAAGAGGACCAGUCUAGAGUGCCGACAAAAGCAGAAGAACAAGAAGCUCCCGUCGGAUUACUGCAAAAUGAAGUGCAUAAAAGUAAGAAAAUGUUGAUUGCGACAAAAAAGGGCAAAACAAAGCAACAGCGAACAAAGCGAGAUGGAAGCGUUGCAGGUGAUAGAAAGGGGUUGACUACAGGUGCUGGCCGUGUUAUGGAUGAUUUUCUCCUAUAGAACUAGAGUUUCUGCACGACUUUUACCUCUCUGCGUCUACGCAUGCGUAGCAGGAUGCACUCUACAGUGUCGAGUUCUUGUCUUGUGUCAUCGUUUCCGUGAGGCUAUAGAUGAUACUUCAGUGAACGAAGUCCCAUGAUGACAUGAUGUCAACAUCGAGGUUCUAUAACUUACGACUUGAAAGAUAAUGGCAUUCUUGAACUAACUAAUGUCGGCAGGGAGGGUUAAUCUCUUUCAUCUAAAUGUUCUUCUUCAUCUUCGAAAAAACGACGAGGCCCGUUUGACAAUGGAGUGGGUGGAAAGCAGCAUUGGACGCAGCCAGAGUUGCCUUUUCAUGUUAAGAAUCUGUUUCCAGAUUUUUUAUACUUCUCAGAAGAUGGAGUUGAGAUGAACUUCUUGCCGGGGGUGAUUCGAUAUGAUCACUUGAGACGCAAUGAAUGAUGAUGAUGAUGAUGAUGACUCAGGGCAAUCCUCGUGGGUUAAUCCCGAAUCAACCAACAUCAUCACCGUCAUCAUCGCCAUCACUGUCAUCGUCAUUAUGCAUGUAAAUGCUCCGAGUAUUCUAAUGUUUCUUCCGAAUUGAAUCGUCCCCAGUUGGAGAUGGGCUAUCGGUCGCAUACUGUUCCCGAAAGGAUUUCCGGUACCACGAUUAGUACACACAAGAAAGAGGAGGAGGAAGAGGAAGAAGCAGAGGAGGAAGAGAUAUGUAGGGAAGGGCUUACUCAUGAGUCUUGUGGUGUUGAAUGAAAUAGAGAGGAGAUGUUAGAUCAAGACGAGUUGAUUAUUUAUUUCUUGACAUAUUUUUCCAUUAUUUUACUAUGAGAACAGUGAGACGUAGUCCACUCUAAGAAGACAGCAACAGACGAAUUUCAGCAUACGAGCGGAGGGACGUCGACGGGCCCGCCAAAUAACGGGACCUCUGACGAGAGCACCACAGCGGCGCCAGAGGACCUGUAUGCGAAUAAUCCGUUGUUUGAUGCCGAUGGAAACCGCAUUGGUGAAGACGUGUUUCAUUAAGACUGCUCUUCCUAUCAAUCUCUAUAAAUAUUUAUAACGACCCUAUGUACUUAUAUAUAGGUGAUGUAGACAACGUCUUCGAUUAAGUUCCCUAGGACUGCUUUGUAGGCUAACAAAAGAAAUAGAGGUAAAGGUCACCACAAUCUUUAGCAUCAAACCACGACUGGUAGAAGGCAUACGCCUUCAGGUUCAGGCCACAGACGAUGAGGGUCUACUAGUUCAUGAUAUUCAUUCAACCUCUAAUUCAUGGGUGGUCCGUACGACGUGUGGAAAGGGAGACUGAAAGACAUGGGCGGGAGUAAGGAAGCUCAAAAGCUAAUGCAAGACAAAAGUUUUCCAAGGUACUUUCUAUGCUUUUCCAACACGGUCUCCUGCGAACUUAUUUUAUUACGAGUUGUUUUGCCUGUAUUGAAAUCCAUGUCAUCUUUAUUUUGAUCACAGACAUCCGAAUAGUGAAGAUGGUGCAGCGUUUAUCUCUGCGUUUAAGAGCGUUUUUGCGUGCUUUGGGAUUAGCGUCUUCAUCUUCAUGUCCAUGCUGGGUGCAGGAAUCCAGGACUUUCGACUCGCGACUGUCCCGAUUUUCGCGAUAUGCUACUUGAAUCUGAAUUAUGCUUGGCGACACUAAUGUUUCAGUGCCAGGAUUAGGAUUGAAAACUAUCUGUCUUCGUCUUGUAAGCUAUAAGAUCUCCUCCAGAAAGGCAAUAUCCUUGAAGUCAAAAGAGGUCGACAUUCAUGAUCCCCGAACGCUCUUGACAUUAUCUUCAACCAGUUAUUUCCACAUAGACCUAGACGAAGCAUUCAUAUUAUUUUCCUCAACGUAUUGGGUGGUGGUGUUGUGCGGACCGUGAUUGUAUGGUUCUGGUCUUUGGUAUAGCCUGAAUUUGAUCCUAAGGGUUCUCUUCUUGUUUUCCCUUAUGAUCAAAUUCGGGCUACCAAAUACCGGAGCCAUUCAGUGACUCCUGGCCUGGAUGAAGACCUACCAGCAUGGGCCGAAGAAACUUGCCUGGAAUUGGGAGGUUACCUUGUGGUGGGUUCUUUCGUCACGUUUAUUGAUGCUUACUUAUGCUCACAAGUGGUCUGGCUUUAUCAGCUGCUCAUUUAUUUCUUGCUCCCUGGUGGCAGCGAAGCAUUUUCGAGUGUCUGCUCAACAGCUAUAAUUUGCAAUAGUUCUUGUUGUACAAAUAGAGGUCGCAGCUUCUAACCCAUCUCCAAUGCGAAUUGGGUCGCUACGCGCUUCUCAGUGGAUGCGGAAUAGCGUUCGCAAGUUGGUUGUUUUCCAUGUGCAUUCACAUAUGGGGUUUUAUUUUGGUUAUGGCAAGAAAGUGAAAGAGAUGAAACACUGCGACAUCAAACUGUCACCACAACUAAGUACUAGUAUGACUAGUACUCCCACCGAUGUAUGAAUGAUUACGAAGAUUUUUGAUGGGUUAUAAUUUGAUAAGAUGUGCAGCAGCAACAUGGUCGUCAGAUAUUUUCAGCUCUUCGUCUUCCUCGCCCUCUAACGUCUCCUGGGUCUAUUGCAAUGGGUACUGUAAUCCGGCACUGGAAUGGCGAGUCUUCCUCUUCUCGGCAACUUGCUUGAUGGGCCUAGCGGUUUACGGCGUCAUCGCACUAGCGGGGAUUGGACUUUACUUAUGCUGAAGGAGGUGUCUUGUCGAUGUUGUUGAGUAAAGAAAACGAGGAUUAAACGUGCUAGUACUUAAUGAGAAACAGAGUCUUCUUCACGUCGAACAGAAGCGCAUGAUACCACUACCGGUUAGAAGAAGGAGAAGGCAGCCGGAGUGAUGACGCGACGAAUGAAAUUCAUCUAUAUCUUUCUAAGUCCCUACCUCCAGGAGAAGGAAGCAGAAAUCGCGAGAGUUCUGCAGGCUAAAAGACAUCGCGAGCGAAACAAGCAUGAACCUGUCAUCGUAUCCCUGUCCUCUCUGCAGGACAUACAGUUAUGUUUGGAUGUGAUAGUGUUGAGGUCGUGGGUGCUAGUUGUUGUUGAAAAUGAAAGAGAUGAAGACGCGUCGUGGUCAUCUAGAUGAUCAACAUCAGCACUUUCUUUUUUCGGAAUUUUUCCUUCUAAUCCUAGAGCUUGGUGGUGCUGGAGGUGGGGCACGAGGUGGGGCAUUCAUGAUGCCGAAUAGGGGAAGGAGUCGACCGAGCGGCACAGCAAGUAUGGAAGCGAUGUUUUUAUGGCAGAGGUUUGAUUUUUUUUUUGAGUUUGAUUUAGCUUGGGUCUGCUGUGUGAGAUGCUGCUGCCGAGGCAAGAAUGAUUGCAAGCACGCCACAACUAGUUGUAAAUGUAAUGGAAUGUUGAUCAUGAUGCGACCAGAAACUACAGAAGUUGACUAGAGCAUUUUUAUAUUGUUCCGUUCUAAUAACAGCUGCAAAAGCAGCCGCACCUCCGCCACCUGAGGCAGCACUGGAUGGGCAGAGGAGUGGCACUGCAGAUGACCAGACGAGUCGUACCGAUGAUGCAUCAUCUCGCUCUCCACCUGGCUCGCCAGAUGCUGCUUCUGCUUCUGCACCAGGGUCACCUCAAACGCCGCAAUUUGCUUCGGCCGUCUCACCGGAAGAGGAAGACAGUGAGAGGCGAUGAACGUCUUGAUGAAGGGCAACGGAUGCCUACUUUUGAAGAGGGGAACCUAAGUACUCGAAUACGAAACAAGAAAACUUGUUUGGGGGUCGUGAGUGUCACUAUAAUUGCAGAGCAGUCUGGAUAUCUACAACUAGCAGCAAUUGAAAAUGAAAUCGUAUCACAUGUAGAUGUACUAUGCUGAUGUUCUAAGAAGAAUUUGCUACAUGCAUUUGCUAGACAUCUAACGAAGGAAGAUCCUUUUCGAUAAAAAAAUGUACAGAUUUGAAAAGUAUACUAGUCCUUUUUCGACGAGCACGAAGACAAGCACGAGACAACUACAAGGACGCAUUGUGAUUUUCAUAGGUCCUCUCCAUGACGGAACGAGAGCCACACCAUGUAAACGAUGCAACAUGUUGAUCGAACAUCAUACCUGAAAGAUCUAGAUACAUCAACAGUAACAAAUUCAGUCAAGUAAAACAAAAACUGUCGCUGGCACAACUACCGGCUUUCCAUAACUUCGGAAACCUUUUUUGUGCGUAAACGCGUCCC